AUGCCGUUCCUCUCGGAUCCGCAACCCCGCAUCAUCAUCGCCGGCGCCGGCAUCGGCGGUCUGAGCACCGCGCUCGCGCUGCACGCCGCCGGCUUCAGCGACAUCCACGUGUUUGAGGCCAGCUCGACGCUUACCACGCUUGGGGUCGGCAUCAACGUGCAGCCAUCGGCGGUGCUGAUCCUGCGCAAUCUGGGACUGCUGGAUGCGUUGCGAGAGGUCGGCGUGGAGACGCAGGAGCUGAACUUCUACAGUCGUCAUGGUCACCCCAUUUUGUCGGAGCCCCGCGGCCGGCACGCGAGCUACAAGGUGCCGCAGAUCUCGGUGCACCGGGGAGAAUUCCAGAUGCUCCUCCUGGACGAGGUCAAGGCCCGCAUCGGCUCUGACCGCGUGCACCUCGACCACGCCUUUUCCGCCUAUGAGCAGGAUGCGUCUUCCAUCACCGCACGCUUCAUCCGCCGCGGCGCGCCCAAAGGCGAGCUGCCUGCCAUCCCGUCCAUGACGGCAGCGGUGCUGAUCGCUGCCGACGGCAUCAACAGCACGGCUCGACGGCUGCUGUACCCGCACGAGGGCCCGCCGCGCUUCUCCGGCCGCAUGCUGUGGCGCGGAUGCGUCGAGCGCGCGCCGUACCUGACCGGCGCAUCCAUGGUGUGGGCCGGGCACGCCAAUCAAAAGUUCAUCGCGUACCCCAUCAGCGGACGCGCGGCGCGGCGCGGUGCUUCCCUCGUGAACUGGAUCGCCGAGCUGCGGGUGCGUGACGAGAACGACCCCGAUGUGACGCCGCCGCCGACGGACUGGACCAAGCGCGUGCCCAAGGAGCGCUUCUCCGGCCCUUUUUCGAAGUGGGAGUGCGGCGGGCUGCAGAUGGCGGAGCUCAUCGAGAGCACUGAGAACGUCUUCGAAUUCCCCAUGUGCGAUCGCGAUCCCGUCGACCGCUGGACCUUUGGGCGGCUCACCCUUCUGGGCGACGCCGCCCACGCCAUGUAUCCGAUUGGGAGCAACGGUGCCACGCAAGCCAUCAUUGACGCCGAGACGCUGGCCGCCCGCCUGGCCGGUACCGUCACAACGUGGCAGCAGCCGGGAGUCGUCGAGGCCGCGCUGACAGCGUACCAGGACGACCGCCUGCCUCCGACUUCGCAAAUCGUCAUGGCAAACCGUGCCAACGGGCCGGAUCACGUGCUGCAACUGGCGCACGAGCGGGCCCCGGACGGCUUCACGAACGUGUACGAUGUCAUCCCCAAGGAUGAGCUCGAGAGCAUCGGUGCGGCGUACAAGGCCAUUGCCGGAUUCGAAAAGGACGCCGUCAACAACAAAGCGCUUGAGACGGAGCACCUCGCCAAGCGGUUCGAUACCGGCGUUGUAGCGGAGAUAACUCUGGAAGGACAUGGUGGGGAUGGGAUGUGCUGGAAAGUUAGCCCCCCUUGGCAGCCGAAAGCCAAGAACCAUGGGCCAUCUCAUAUGGGAAAAAGAAGCGCAGAUCCCUCUCUUGGGCCUGAGACAACUCCCGCGUUCAGCGCGGGAGGUCCGUCAUCGGAAGGAUUUUCAGACUUGCCGACGGUCCCAGCACACGUGUUGUUUGAUCGGCCACCGCCCCGAACCAUAUACACGGCAGUGCCCAAGAUGGCGACCCAUGACGGGGAGUCUUUCCCUCCCCGGAAAUGGUACAGAAAGGUGCCGUUUUUAUCCACCGCGCCCAUCAAGACGCGACUGGCGGUACGGAACUUGCAUUCGAACUCUGGCCCGAGCGACGUGGGGAACGAGAAUGGCGGGACCACUGCGGUCGGGGAAAAACUCCCGUUGCCAGAGUCGACGGCGAGCUGGUUGUCUAUCCUAAUGUUCGCCUGGCUGAGUCCUGCGAUAAGGACCGGCUACACGAGGCCUCUUCAAGUCGACGAUCUGUAUAGCAUGCCCAACAAUCGGCUGGCCGAGGACCACGCCGAUCAACUGGAGAAGUACUGGAUCGAAAGCUUGCAGAAAAAUGGGAAUCGAGCGCCCUCAUCCGGGUUCCUGUCAUGGAGGCCCUUCUGGGCGAGGCGCACAACCGACGCUACGGUCUUGGCUCUUGCUCUCAACCGCGUCUGCUUCCGCUGGUUCUGGCUCGGGGGUCUCUUCAAGCUGGCCGGCGACCUCUCACAAAUCCUCUCGCCGCUGCUCAUCCGAUUCCUCAUCAACACGCUCUCCGACCCGUCCCAGCACGCCCUGCGCGCCGGCUUCGGCUACGCCGUGGGCCUGUUCGUCCUGCUCGUCUUCUCCGUCACCUCCAACGUGCACGGCUUCUACCGCUCCUACACGACCGGCAUCCUCCUCCGCGGCGCCCUCAUGCACACCAUCUACCGGCGCGCCACCACGCAGCUCACCGAGCCGGCCAAGCUCCGCCACGGCCUCGGCACGGGCAAGCUGAUGAGCCUGAUGAGCGCCGACGUGACCCGCGUCGACUUCUGCUGCGGCUUCUUCCACGCCGCGUGGACCAGCGUCCUGCAGAUGAUGCUGUGCUUCGCCCUGACGGCCUGGUCGCUCGGCUACAGCGCGCUGCCGGGGUUCGGCCUGCUGGCCCUGCUGUACCCGCUGCAGACCUUCAUGGUGCGCCGGCUGCUGCGGCUGCGCCGCGCCAGCAUGCCUUUCACCGACGCGCGGGUGAAGGCCGUGGUGGAGGCCGUGUCGACCAUUCGGUUGGUCAAGUCCAAUGCGUACGAGAGGAGCGUGCUGGAGAAGAUCAGGAAGCUGAGGACCGACGAGGUGGUUUACAUCCGCAAGCGGAUGCUGCUCCGCGCGCUGAACACGGCCGUGUCGUACACGGCGCCGACCCUGGCCGCUGUGGCGAGCAUUGUGUGCUAUGGGGCGACGAAUGAGAAUGGCAUGGAGGCGGGUGUUGUUUUUUCUGCGCUUGCCUUUUUCCUGUUGUUGAGGACGCCGUUGCAGGCUUUGCCUACGGCGCUUUCUGCCAUCGCCGAUGCUCGCGCUGCGCUGGAGCGCUUGGCUGUCUUUAUGCGGGCAUCGGACGCGGGGCCUGCUGGGAAUGUUGGGCCAUAUGGCCGAGACUCGGAGCUUGACGAAAAAGCAGGGGAUGACCCUUCGGCUGAUGUGGCAGUUCAGGUUGAGGAUGCCACGUUUGCCUAUCAUGAUGACGCUGAGCUGAUGGCGGAGGAUGCUGAUACCGACGCUGAGGAACCGAAGGUGCCUACGAACGAGAGCCCGAGGUUAUACCUCGACUCUCUGGUCGUGAAAAAGAACCAGCUCGUCUGUAUCGUGGGGCCCGUGGCAUCAGGCAAGUCCUCGGUGUUCAGGGCGCUGUUGGGAGACAUGCAGCUCGUCCAGGCGCGCUCAUGUCGACUAAACCACGGCAACUCGUUGUCGUCAUCCCAACUCGCCUUUGCCCCGCAGACAGCUUGGCUGCUGAGCGAGACGGUGCGGGAGAACAUUGUUUUCGGCAGGCCCCUGGAUCUGGCUUGGUACGAGGAGGUGCUCACGCGGUGCUGUCUGCACCCAGACCUGGAAAGGCUGCCCGAGGGUGACAUGACCGUCGUCGGCGAGAUGGGCGUGUCCCUUUCCGGCGGCCAGAAGCAGCGCAUCAGUCUUGCUCGGGUCAUCUAUGGUCGGAGCCCUCUGCUGUUUCUUGAUGACUGCUUCUCUGCCCUGGAUGCCCAUGUCGGUGCUCGGGUCUUUGACAUGGUCGUCAACCGGGCACGGAAGAACAACGAGGCCACCGUUGUGCUGGUGACACAUUCCAUGGUCUUCGCUAGGCAGGCAGACCACCUUGUCUACAUGGAGAAUGGUCGGAUUGUGGAACAGGGGUCAUAUGAGUCUCUGGUCGCUGGUGGGGGGCCCUUGUCUCUCUUUGUUGGCUCAUCAUCGGGAGCAGACUCAGAUUCGGACUCAACUCGGCAUGGGAGCGACUCUGAGGAAUCGCAACGCCCGGAAGCCGACGUAAAGGAUGUGCAAAAGCAGGACGACAACAAGGACGAUGACCAAGACCAGGGCCAAAGGAUUGUCGCCCCGAAACUGGAGGGAAAGCGAGAGGAUCGAGGCAAAGAGAUCAUGCAGAAGGAAGAGAGACUUGUUGGUUCUGUCAGCGGCAAGACCUACGCUCGCUACGUGAAGAUGGGCAACGCCCGGCUCACUGUGCCGCUCUUCCUCGCGGCCAUCAUAACAUACCAGGGAACCAGUAUUGUCUCGCCACUGUGGUUGAGUUGGUGGCAGGAUAACAAAUACACAUCCAUCUCGGAGGACGCAUACAUGGGAGGUUAUGCGGCGUUCGGUAUUGGGCAGUCCCUCGGCCUGUUCUGCAUGAGCGCAACCUUUGCCCUGUUCUGCUUUUGGUGUUCGAACAGACUUCAUCACGCCGCCAUCUCCAAGGUCCUGCACGCACCCGUAGCCUUCUUCGACACAACACCGCAAGGCCGCAUCACACACCGGUUCAGCAAGGACGUCGACGCCGUGGAUAACGUCGUGGGCGAGACACUGCGGCUCUUCAUCUCGACAGCAGUGCAGGUUCUGGGCACCAUCAUCGUGGUGACCAUUGUGGUACCUGCCUUUGUCGCCAUUGCCGCCGCCCUCCUCCUCGUCUACAUCUGGACCGGCAUGUACUACCGGCCCUCCUCGCGCGAGCUGCGUCGCUUGAACAACCUGCUCCGCAGCCGCAUCUACGAGCACUUUGGCGAGUCCUUAUCCGGCCUACCCACGCUCAAGGCCUUCGGCGCCGUGGCCCGCUUCGUCGGCGACAACGGCCGCAGCAUCAACGCCGAGGCGGCCGCCUACUGGAUGUCGGUAGCCUGUCAGCGCUGGCUGAAUCUCCGCCUCGACCUCUGCGGCGCGACACUCGUCUUGGCCACGGCCUUGCUUGUUGUGGGACUCCGAGACACCAUCGCCCCAUCGUCCGGGGGGGUGGUGCUGUCGUACGUGGUCACGGCGCAGGCGGUCUUUGGAAAUAUGAUCCGCCAGAGCGCCGAGAUCGAGAACAACAUGAACUCAGUUGAGAGAAUGCUCCACUACGCUUACAACAUCGAGCAGGAGCCCGCACACGAGGCCGACGGCGUGGAUAAGCCCCUCAAGGCUAGCGGAUGGCCGCGGGCUGGUCAUGUGCAGUUUGAGGCACUGACGCUCAGCCAUCGUCCUGGCCUGAAACCGGCCCUCAAGGACGUCACGCUGGACAUAAAGCCUGGUGAGAAGGUCGGUGUUGUCGGACGCACCGGUGCAGGAAAGACUACCUUGAUAUCCGCUUUGCUGCGGACGGUAGAGCCCACAAACGGCAGGAUUCUCAUCGAUGGAGUUGACAUUCACACGGUUGGUUUGCAUCUGUUGCGGUCCAGCUUAUCCGUCAUCAGCCAAGAUGCCGUCCUCCUGGCCGGAACAAUCCGGUACAACCUGGAUCCGUUCCAGCAGUAUGAUGAUGCAUGGUUGCGCCAGUGCUUGCGAAGAGUUGGACUCGCCGGUAGCACACCGGAUACUGACGGAUCAAGUUCAAGUGGUCAAGAUAAGGACAUUGGGGAUAGUUCAGGCAAAGAAGAGAAGAACCACCAGGACUGCGACCCUAACGGCGGCAGCCAGAGCCUGACACUGGACUCGGAAGUUAAGGAGGGAGGCGCCAAUCUCUCCCAUGGCCAACGGUCUCUGAUAUCCAUCGCCCGCGCCCUUGUGAGGCGGUCCAAGAUUCUUAUUUUGGACGAAGCCACGGCUUCCAUCGAUGGCAGGGCUGAUGCGGAGCUUCAAGUCAUGUUGAAUGAGGUUGUUGGGGAUGCCACAGUUCUUACUGUGGCUCACCGUCUGGAUACCAUCGUUGCCACCUGCGACAAGGUCGCCGUGAUGGACAAUGGGCGGGUCGCCGAAUUUGGCGGCGUAUCAGAGCUCUAUUCCAAGCCAGACAGUCUGUUUCGGGCGCUCUGCGAUGCCUCCAAGACCACUCUGGGGGGGGGGCAGAACCCUUGA